ACGGGUAUAUAGAGUCCGGGACCGGGCGGCGGCGGAGCCGGGGGACGGGGACAGCUGGGGAGGCGGGGGCAGUCGGCGGGCCAUGGGCAAGGACUAUUACCAGACGCUGGGCCUGUCCCGCGGCGCGUCGGACGAGGAGAUCAAGCGGGCCUACCGCCGCCAGGCGCUGCGAUACCACCCCGACAAGAACAAGGAGCCGGGCGCCGAGGAGAAGUUCAAGGAGAUCGCCGAGGCCUACGACGUGCUGAGCGACCCGCGCAAGCGCGAGAUCUUCGACCGCUACGGGGAGGAAGGCCUCAAGGGCGGUGGCCCCAGUGGUGGCAGCACUGGCGGCGCCAACGGCACCUCCUUCAGCUACACGUUCCAUGGAGACCCGCAUGCCAUGUUCGCCGAAUUCUUCGGCGGCCGGAACCCCUUUGACACCUUCUUUGGGCAGCGGAACGGGGAGGAGGGCAUGGACGUUGAUGACCCCUUCCCCGGCUUCCCCAUUGGCAUGGGCGGCUUUACCAACAUGAACUUCGGCCGCUCCCGCCCAGCCCAGGAGCCCGUGCGCAGAAAGCAAGAUCCCCCCGUCACCCACGACCUCAGGGUGUCCCUGGAAGAGAUCUACAGCGGCUGCACCAAGAAGAUGAAAAUCUCCCACAAGCGCCUGAACCCUGACGGCAAGAGCACCCGCAGCGAGGACAAGAUCCUGACCAUCGAGGUGAAGCGGGGCUGGAAAGAAGGGACCAAGAUCACCUUCCCCAAGGAAGGGGACCAGACAUCCAAUAACAUUCCCGCAGACAUCGUCUUCGUGCUCAAGGACAAGCCCCACAGCGUUUUCAAGAGAGACGGCUCUGACGUCAUCUACCCAGCCCGGAUCAGCCUUCGGGAGGCUCUGUGUGGCUGCACGGUGAAGGUCCCCACUCUGGACGGCAGGACCAUCCCCGUCGUGUUCAAAGAUGUCAUCAGGCCGGGCAUGCGGCGCAAAGUGCCCGGAGAAGGCCUGCCCCUUCCCAAGACGCCGGAGAAGCGCGGGGACCUGGUGAUCGAGUUUGAGGUGAUCUUCCCCGAGAGGAUCCCACAGUCAUCCAGGAGCGUCCUGGAACAGGUGCUCCCCAUAUAGUCACCCGCGUCCCCAGGACUGAGCACAAGAAUUUCUGGAACGUUCCAGCGGUCUGUGGACCCGUGAGAGGGCGGGAGGGCCCAGGGCGGGCUUGCACACUGCUGGGUGUUUGCCAGAGAAUAUAUUACAAUCUUUCAAAGUCGUGCACUAGGCUUCAGUGGUUUUUCGAGCGACGGGGCUGCAGGUGGUGGGCACUGCGGGAAGGGCAUCAAAGCCUGCCCGCUAGGCCCGCACCUCCUUCCUGCCAGCAGCCCUGAAGCUGGACUCUUCCCAUCUGGGGCCCUUUGCUGGCCAUGCCGCACCUCCGCCCUGUGCUGUUGGCGUCUUGACUGUCACUGUCUGGCGCCCUGUCUCUUCCCUGAAGACCUGGUUUCUCGUCGGCAUCUCCACCCAAGAACCCAGCCAUUUGCAGGCCCGCCGGCCGGCCGGUACCCACAAGCAAUACCUCCUGUCCCAGCAGGACCAAAGGAGCCAGCCUGGAGCACAGGAGCGGGGGCAGCCCUCCUGACCAGGAGCCCGGGGUGCCCACCGCCUUCUGUGCCCCUUCCCAUUAGGCGAUGUUUGGGCACCCCAGGGCCCACUGGUGACCCGCCAGACAUUCCUUUUUAUCCUGGACUCUCUCUCGACUUUUUCAAAGGGAUGUGAUCCUUUUGAAUUUUGCACCAAUGUAAUCGUAGCUAUAAUCCCUUUUGAUAAAAGGGUCUUUGCCUCUGAUCACAGGGGCACUCUGGGACAAUGUGUAAAUAUGUUUUUAUGGUCGCUGUGAAGUGGGUCACACAGAACCAGCCAUGGUGGUGGCUGUGAUGAACUUGGAAGGAACCUUGGGGCGGGCCAGGCCGAGUGUGUGUCUGCCUGGCGGGUCUGGUGCUGAGGCCUUUAGACUCGCUGUAAGUUGCCACUGCCACCCUGAGACCAAAGCGUGUGACUUGUCAGUGUGCAGCGCUGCGGCAUUAAAGACUAUUGGAAACUCGGGA